AUGCUCUUAGUGAAUAAAGUGAGACUGACAUUCAUCCUAGCUCCGCAGAAGCAGACAACAGUCGGUGGCCGUGUGACCAGGGCAAAGGGUAGUAAUCCCAAGUCCAGUCGUUCCAGCACCACAAAAGGCCGUAAGCUUAGAUAUGGUCCUUGCCCAACAUGCAAAAUUGGAAUUCUGGAACGAAAGAGAAACAACCCAGAAGGAGCAGGCCCUGAUGCCGGACUCUGGCGCCUGAGCUGUUCUAGAUAUACCGCUCGUCCUCCUUGCAGACAUUACGAAGCCUUCAACGAAGAUCCUCAGAUUCUUUGGGCACAGAAACAAAACGAACUGGGCAAGAGGCCAUGUCCUGAGUGCCAUAUCGGCCAGCUGGUUGAGAGGGUUAAGAACCCUUUCGAGUACACCGAGAAGUACGCAGAGUGCUCGAGACGAGGCGAAGAGGACGGGUGUAACUAUAUACGGCCGGUUAUCAAAGGAAAGGCUGUGGAAGCGGUAAAAGGGAAUAUCGACACAGUUGAGGCCGGUCCCUCGAAGCAAGACAAUGGCAUCAAGAUGGAUCAGAAUUCCGGUGAUAUGAAUGGCGAGGCUGGCAACAGUAAAGACGAAGCCAGCAACAACAACAACCCGGCCACCAUUCCCAACCACAUCGAGGCUCAACAGCCUGUUAUUCCCGAGACCCGAAAGCAGACGAGAGGGACAUCCAAGUCGAUCCAUAAACACACGGCAGAAAACUUGAGCGGAAUCGAAACUGGCGAUAGUAUGGAGCAUACGACUGCCAAGGCCUCCUCUAAAGGAAAGGUCAAGGUCACAAUCGACCUGACUCUCGACGAAGAGGACGAGAAUGAUGAGACGAAGUUUGGCUCCGUGAGCGCGUGUUAUCCAGCGCCCGCGAACGUUUACCCUGCUCGGACGAGGCUGUUCCAAUCCGCCUCGCCGCAAAAUCUCGAGGGCAUGCAGGCGCCGAUAACAGCCGUCUCAACUUCUUCAAAAAGUGGUCUCAUCAUUCCUAGUGGUCAUCACAGCACGUUGGUCACCCCGGCGAAGAGCCCUAAUUCACUAGGGCACUCGCCUUUUUCUGUCCCUGGAGAACCUGCGCCGACUUCGAAUACUUCCGGUCGUUUCAACACACCGACCAAGUCCCUGGGUAUGGCAGGGCAGCAGCCUUUUUCUUCCGGCAUGGUUACACCCACCAGUAACCGGCCUAACAAGACUUUCGUCUUGCCACCCACGCUUCCCCAGACGCGAGGGAGAGAGGAUGAUGAGAAGGAGGAAUUUGACAUCGAUACUGGCCUUAAGGACGCCAUGAUCGAGCUCGCCGACCAACUUGAUACACCCGUGCCCAACAGCAAAACACAACCCAAGGGGCAGGUAAACACCACGCCAACCAGCCAGUUCACCUACCGGACGAGCUACCACGGGAAUAACCCGUUCAACAGCUACAAUACCACACCUGUUCGGAACCAGUUCAACCGCCCCUCGAACAAUCAACCUAACAACGACCUUAGUACUCAGGCGAAUUACCAACCGACCAACCAGUUCGCCCACCCCCCCAGUAAUUCGGUGGUGAAACCGACAAUGAACCCAGUGUGCAACACCGACAGCGAUGCUCCCACGAACCCCUGGGACAUCUGGGAAGCCCACAGGCUGACCAACAGUCAGUUUCUGAACAACAAUGCCGGUACCAAGGAUGACAAACCCCCUGCCAAACGCCAGAAGAGAGAUGAGUUUGACGAUUCUGACUUGGAUGACAACGACUUUAUGGCGCUGGCGGAGCAGACUGAGGGGCAGUCUCUUGGUGGGAAGAGGUGA